UACACAAGAUUAAACUAUACCUGGGUUACAGUCACUGUAAUCAGGGUAUCAUUUAAUCUUGUUUAAAUUAGAGAGAGAGAGAGUGUGUGUGUUUAAUGUCCACUCAACACAAAGUAGGUCACUUUGGGACUAACAUAUGGUACUGCGUAUAUCAAAGUGAGUCGGAAUACGCAAAAUCUAAUUUUGGACUAGAGACAAAAUAAGUGAAAAUAUUGAUUUUGAUCGAAAUUGAGAUUUUCACAAAAAUGAGUCUAUAAAUAUACUAUCUAUUGACACAAAAGAUCAAAAUAGCAAUAAAAGAUUUUAGAACACCUUUAUUUGAACGUUUGGUAAGAGUACCGUAUUCUUAAAUCUGUCCUAUUUGUUAAAAUUCUCGACGAAAUUAGUUAUUUUUCUUCACUCGCUGCGGGACGACCGGUCAUUCCUCUUGCAUAAUAAUUGGCAUUGUUGUAAAGCGGAGAAUCUCUAGUUUACAAAUAUGAUCAAAUUAAUGUCGAUGAAUUGAUUUUGAACCGAUACAAUCGAGUUUUAAAACCCCUAAAAAAUAUAAACCACCUCCGCUUGUUGCUGUGCUGUCUACACAACUCGUUUGCUGAUUGGCCCAGACACCGAGUGAAAAGCAUUAUGGUUACGUGGCUGACGUAAGGAAUGCAUCUUGGAUAUUAUUGUUUAAAAUUCUCUUAUCACCAUGGGUCGAAAAAAUGAGACCAAUGAGCCGAAUUGCAACGAUUCUCGAGUCUGCCAUUGUUUAAUUACAUCAAAGCCAGAAUGCACGAAAGUGAACGUAAGUAUUUCUUGAAUAUGAAAUUGACAUUUCUAUAGGGACUCAUAUUUUGAUACCGUUACAGUACCUGAAAAUAAUAAUAGACCUAUCAUACACGCAAAAAUCUUAUUUUAAUUCAUGUGUUAAAUGAACACGCGUACAGCUGUGGCGGCUUCUUUGAUGAUUAUCCAAUCAACAAUCUUAAUCUCCUGACCACUAGCUGGCACUAUGGUGCUAAUUAAUUGAUGAGAUUAACUGCUAAUCUCACCAACGUUAUAAUAUACAAAACAGACUACUAAUAUAUAGAUUAUUCUUCAGUAUAAUUAACACUAUCAUGUGAAUAUGGCGUAUGUGUUAUGGAUGUUUCGUCAUGAAAGGAGUGCAUUUACUAUGAUUUUCGUUGUCAGCACCCUUGGAAUCCUAAAUGAAAAAAAUAUUAAACGACAAAAUAGCAAAUAAAUGGCGGAAAUCGUCGGAUCAAAUUUUUACGAUUUUCGUCUUCAGCACCCCUGAAAACCCAUGGAUAUAUUCAACGCCAAAACAGCAAAUAAAUGGCCUGGUUGCUAUGGGAUUUUGUUUUGGAACAUACCAAAUCUUUGACUUGCUUUUUCUCAAAACUUACUUUUGUGUGUUGGGUAGCUUCGAAUGGACAGAGCUCAGUCAAUUUUUGCCCGUUUCAAACAAACAAUACAUCAAAUUGAAGGUAAUGAGUUGGAGAAUGUGAAAAUAACAAUAACUCAAUUUUUAAAAUUUCCACACUACUACCCAGUAUGCCAUGGGGGGUCACAUAUGGUUUACAUUUAUUCAUUAAUUUGCUGGUGUGCGUGGGGAUCUGUAGCAGUUGGAGGAAACCGGAGGACUCAGAGAAAACCCACGACUUUGGACAAGCGACCCUACUCCUUGUCACAUACAAACAGGGAAUCGAAACCAUGCCAGUUGACUUCUUGACAGACCAUUGGCCCCCCCCACCCCCCUGCCCCCUACAAGUAAAUAAAUAAGUAACAUUUGUCUGAAAAGAAACAAAAACAAACUAAAGUAACGUAAUGACAAGACAUUAAACCCAUUCCAAGUUGAGCUUCAACAGAUUUUUAUUUUCAACAGAAAUAUGAGAAUUGCGGUCAACAGUUGAUUGGUUGUUUUUCUGCUGCGUCCAAUAUCACUGGUAUACUGGUAGACGUGAAUCUCAUAACUAUAACUUUACAUAGAUAUGGUGCUCUAGCAUUGUGGGAUUAUGCCACUGCAGCACCUUAUGUACAGAUCGAUAUGAAUCCAGUUAUACCAGGUGAAGAUCAACAUCUGGUAUAUAAAGAUGCUAUUUUUAUUUCACCGCAUAAAUUUGUUGGAGGUGUGUCCACUCCAGGAUUGCUUAUAGCUAAGAAGAAAUUAUUUCAUAAUCCUUAUCCUGAAGUUUGUGGAGGUGGUUCUGUCUUCUAUGUGGGAAGAGAUAGUCAGCGUUAUCUACAAGAACCAGAAUUAAAGGAAGAAGGUGGAACACCAUCUAUUGUAGAAUCUAUACGAGCUGGUCUGGUAUUCCAAUUAAAACAAGCUGUAACAUCACAGGUUAUCAUGGACAGAGAACAUAGCCUACUACAGAAAGCUUUAGCAGUUUGGAAUAAAUGUCCAAAUUUAGUCAUCUUAGGAAAUACAACAGUUUCCAGACUUCCUGUUUUUUCAUUCCUCAUCUAUCACCCUGGUAACGGUCGAUUCUUUCAUCAUAAUUUUGUCAGUGCCAUCUUGAAUGAUGUGUUUGGUAUCCAGUCUCGAGGAGGAUGUGCUUGUGCUGGACCUUAUGCUAUGGAUUUGUUGGGAUUAAAUAAAGAAAUAGAAGAAAAAAUAGAAAACUUACUUGUUGAAGAUGGACGACUGGACCGGACACAUUUAAGGAGAUAUCGAGAAUAUUCUCAUCGUGAAAUACUGAGACCUGGUUUUACACGCCUUAAUCUUCCAUUUUUUAUGACAGAAGAAGAAUUAAAUUUUGUUGUAGAAUCGGUUGCCAUGGUAGCUGAACAUGGCUGGAAAUUACUGCCACAGUAUAUAUUUAAUCCAGAAACUGGUGAAUGGAGACAGAAAAAUUUUCAAACAUUUAAAGAUAGGAAAUGGUUGGGUCAUAUUUCUUAUCAUGAUGAUAAAAUGGAGUAUAAACUACCCCCACCUGUAGUUAAAGGCCCUUUACCUGACAGUUAUAAGGAAUGUUUGUCAACAGCUGAACAAAUAUUUGAGAAAGCCGCCAAGACCAAGAUCACACUACCUGACCAGUGUCUGCUGUUCGAUGAAGAAUCAAAGAAAUAUCGCUGGUUUGUUCUACCUAGUGAAGCUCAAGAUUGUCUCCUAGGCAACAAGAAAAACUCAGUUUCUAUUGACCAAUUACCAUUCUGUCCAGAAGUUCUGAAACAACGAUUAGGAUUGGUUGAUUCUAUAGAGGACACAACAAAUCACAUAUCGGUUAAUUUCUGGACACAAUUGAAAAGAGAAAAUGUAGGAAAGGGGUCUGAUUCUGAAGUGCAAUUUUCAGAAGGAAUGGUUAACUGUUUAGAUAGAGGAUUCACAAGUGAAGAAAUCCCAAAUAAAAGACACAAAUUAUCAGAAGAUAGCCAGGAAAAAAAUUACGAUUCAAGGACCAGAAUUCUAGAAAAUAAAACUGUUGAUAAAAAUUUUAGUGGUGGGCUUGAAGGGAAUGAUCUUGUAAAUAAUAAGAGUAUGUCUGUGAUAUCAAAUAAUACCACGGUAGAAAAACGUCCUGGCAUCUCAUCUGAGUCGAAAAAUCUUGUAUUAGAUAAACAGGAUCCAGUUUAUUUAAAUAAAUUUGAAAAUGAAAGUAGAAACAUGACUGACGUGAAAAGUGCAGAAGAUGCCAGUACUGAAAUUAGGUUAGAAAGUGAAAAAGAUGGCAGCAAAGAUUUUGAAGACAGAAUAAGUCAACAUGUUAAUCCUGAUACCGGUAACUAUAGCGAUAGUGUUAAUCCUGAUACCGGUAACUAUAACAAUAGUGUUAAUCCUGAUACCGGUAACUAUAGCAAUAGUGUUAAUCCUGAUACUGGUAACUAUAGCGAUAGUGUUAAUCUUGUAUGUCCAUUAUUAAAGAAACCUGUCAGUAAUUCAGCAACAAAUGAAAACAGAAAUAAAAAAGUUAAAUGGUUUUCACCACCUAAAGAUAUCUUUAAACCAACUGUAACGGCAUUAGAAGAGUACAACAUGAUUCAAGAUGGUGACCGUUUGUUGGUUUGUUUAUCUGGUGGUAAAGAUUCCCUGUCGUUACUUCACACGAUCAGACAAUAUCAGUUUUAUUGUAGAGCUAAGGGUGUAAAUUUUGAGUUUGGUGCUGUAACUGUGGAUCCUCAGACACCAGCGUAUGAUCCAAGUCCAUUAAUAGAUUAUCUCGCUUCAUUAGAUGUACCUUAUUUCUUUGAAUCCCAAGAUAUUUUAGAAACAGCAUCUAAUCUGCCCUAUGAAUGUGCAUCUAUCUGUAGUUUUUGUAGUCGUAUGAAGCGAGGACGUAUUUAUGCGUGUGCCAGAAGAGAGAAGUACAACGUUUUAGCACUGGGUCAACACCUAGAUGAUCUGUCUGAAAGUUUUUUGAUGUCAUAUUUCCACAAUGGUAGUUUAAGAACAAUGAAAGCAAGUUAUACAGUACGUGAAGGAGAUCUUCGAGUUAUUAGACCGUUUGUAUAUGUCAGAGAAAAACUUUUACGAACUUUUGCUGAGAAGAGUAAACUGCCUGUAAUAGCUGAAAAUUGUCCAGCCUGUUUUGAAGCCCCAAAGGAGCGACACAGAACUAAACAAUUACUAGCUUCACAAGAACUUUUAUUCCCUCAGGUAUACAGCAGCAUGAUGGCUGCCAUGAAACCCAUCAUCGCUAUUAAUAGAACUGGGAGUAACAUCAGCUCUCUGUUGAACGGUCAGAAUACUACAGAAGACGAGGAAGAUUUGUGAACGUAGACACAUUAAAAUCUACAUAAUUAUAUUAUUUCAUUUUAAAUUAAUUUCAAGCUGCAAUAAAUAUAUCAAAGAUUGCGAAAAUAC